GCCGACCGAGCUUUCUGGGCGGCGAAAUCUCCAUCCGAUCCACCCAUCCAGGCUUUCGUUUGUUCUAGAACAUGCUGUGGCCGAUCCUGGAUCUCCGGCCUCCUCUCUUCUCGCCCAUCCACCCAACAAAUGCUUUAUAAGAAGGCCGUUGUGGCCGCCAUGUAACUCCUCGUCAGUCGUCACUCGAGCUCGAGCGCCAUCUCUUUCCGAGUAAUCAUCAUCGAUCUAUGGCCAUGGCUUCCUCUGCGUCAGCUCUCCUUCUGGCGGUCUCCCUGGCCGCUCUGCACUUGUGCUGCCGCCAUGGCCAGGCUGCCGACGCCGGCAGCGGCAACGGUAUCACGGCCAUCUACAGCCUCGGCGACUCCAUCACUGACACCGGGAACCUCGUCAAGGAGGCGCCUCCGGGCAUGUUCGAGACCAUCAAGCAUCUCCCCUACGGCGUCACGUUCGGGCACCCGACUGGGCGGUGCUCUGACGGCCUCCUCAUGAUCGACUUCCUGGCUCAGGACCUGGGUCUCCCGUUCCUGAACCCGUACCUGGGCAAGAACAAGAGCUUCGACCACGGCGUCAACUUCGCCGUCGCCGGAGCCACCGCCGUGGACCCAGCCGACCAGUACAACGUUACCGUCCCCGUGCCGGUCGCCUCCAACUCGCUCAAGGUCCAGCUCCGGUGGUUCAAGGACUUCCUCAAGUACACCUUCGGCACCGAUCAAGGCAAGCAACCACAGACACUUCCUUCCUCCUCGAUCAACCGUACGUUCCUCCAUGGAUCGAUGCACUGCAAGGCUCAAAUUCUUGCAUUGUGUGACUGCAUGCGUGCAGAGAUACGCAGACGGCUUCGAACCUCUCUGGUUUUGGUCGGGGAGAUCGGCGGAAACGACUACAACUACGCCUUCUUUGAGGACAAGCCGGUGGCCGAGGUGGAGAAGCUCAUCCCGGGGGUCGUGAAGACCAUCAUCGACGCCGCCAAGGAGGUGCUGGACAUGGGCGCCAGCCGAGUCAUCGUCCCGGGCAACUUCCCCAUCGGCUGCGUGCCGGGGUACCUGGCCAUGAACGCCGCCAAGUCGGAGCCCGCCGACUACGACUCGGCGGGGUGCCUCCGGGAGCUCAACGACUUCGCCGCCAAGCACAACUCGCGGCUCCGGCGCGCCGUCGCCGACCUGCAGGCGUCGUACCCGCACGCCGCCGUCGCCUACGCCGACUACUUCGACUCCUUCCUCACCCUCCUCCACAACGCCUCCUUGCUCGGUUUUGACGCGGCGAGCACACGCAAGGCCUGCUGUGGCGCCGGCGGCGGCGAGUACAACUUCGACUGGCGGAGGAUGUGCGGCUUCAACGGGGCGGCGGCGUGCGCGGAGCCGUCGACGUACCUGAGCUGGGACGGGAUACACAUGACGCAGGCGGCGUACAGGGCCAUGUCCAGGCUCAUCUACCACGGCAAGUACCUGCACCCGCAGAUACUGAGCUUCCCGGAGAAAUACGGCCAGACGUAGACUCGCACCAUCAUCAAUACUAGAACCUGGGAGCGUAGAAUUUAGGUAGAAAUAUACUCGAAACUCAGAGUACAAAUAAAGGCUCCGACUGGUUCAGUUAGAAGUCUUGGUAGUACUAGAACCUGGGAGCGUCAGUCAGCUGUAUCGGUAUAUAUAUAUGCUACGAGCUCUGGGUAGCUCUGUACUCUAUGCAUCAAGCUGUGAGCAAAAUACAGGCUGCAGCAUCUUGCUGGUGCAGUCAGCUGCAGUGCAUCCAUGAUGAGCGCAGAAUACAAACGUGUAUACCAGAAUGGAUGCAGAAGAAGAAA